GGAUGUCAACCGCCGUUAAACCUCAUCGAAGAAGAAGGCAUCAAACAUUUUUAGCUGGACGCAUUGGUUACAUGCAUUUACUCUACUUUCUCCUUAAAACCACUUCACUGAAUCGUCUAAAAAAUCUUGGGAGGAGCCGGCCUCGCGGAGUGUCUUGGAUGAUCCUCAUCGUCACCGCUCGUAAUGUUGAAAGAAACAGAUGUGGGUGUGAAUCUGAAUUCUUGCAGGGUUCUGGGGAAAGGACAAUGACCUCGUUAGUGGCCUAUGAUGAUUCUGACCAGGAGGAUGAUGACGGAGCACUCUCUCCUCUUGCCAACUGUCCCAUGGAUGAUAUUAGGCAGUCCCAAGGAAACCAGAAAUGGUUGGAUUCUAACUUCUAUGGACCAUUAUUACCCAGUCCCCAUUACAAACAACUGGAAAUAGGACAAUGUGGUGAUGGUAGGACAGUGUCAGAACCUCACAGGGAGAUUUAUCCCCUUCCAUUGGGUCUCUCAGGGAUUGUGGAGAACAGCUCAAGCUCAAAACCAUACUCUGCUCCACAAUCAUGUGUUAAUUUGACCACAGCGAAGAGGCAUCAGGCUGCACCACCUGGUGUCUCGCCAUACAUUCCUAAGAGACAGAGGUUGGCCGCACCAGGAAAGAGAGAAGAACCAACCUCUUUGGAAACGACUGAUAAGUCCACUGUCUCCAGGCUGCUGACCGAGGUCUCUGAGCGGGUGCGUCCGUACCUGGGGACCAGGCCUGGCAGGGCAGCGGUGCCCAGGUGCAUGCAGCUCAGCCUCCAGGCCCACCAGGCUCCAAUCAACGUGAUCCAGUGGUGCCCAGUGCCCCAGCUCAGCCACCUCCUACUGUCUGCCUCCAUGGACAAGACUGUCAAGAUUUGGGAUGGUGCAGAGAGUGGGCAGUGCCUGCAGGUAUACUCCUCCCACUCGGGGGCGGUGCGCGAUGCCUGUUGGUCCCCCUGUGGGCGACGCCUCCUCACCGGCUCCUUUGACAACACGGCCAUGGUGACGGACGUGGAGACGGGACAGCAGAUCGUGAAGGUGGGGAACCAGUUCAAGGUGAUGUGCUUGGCAGUGCAGCCCGACGACCCUGAAGUGUUCCUGUGUGGGGGUUACAGCUCAGAGGUCAAGGCCUGGGACGCCCGUACCUGCAAGGUGGAGAGGGUGUACAGGGCACGGAUUCAGCAGACUCUGGCCAUCCUGUUCCUGACUGGGGGCAGGGAGUUUGUGACCAGCAGUGACUCGGUCAGCCGGGACUCUGCCGAGCGCACGCUCAUUGCCUGGGACUUCCAAACCACCGCUAAGGUCUCCAAUCAGAUCUACCAUGAGCGGUACACGUGCCCCAGCCUAGCCCUUCACCCCCAGCAGGACUCCUUUGUAGCGCAGAGCAAUGGCAACUACAUGGCCCUAUUUUCUGCCCAGCGGCCAUACAGAAUGAACAAGAGGCGGCGGUACGACGGACACAAGGUAGAGGGCUAUGCGGUGAGGUGUGGCUUCUCUCCGGAUGGGUCCAUACUGGCCACGGGCAGCUCCACAGGCUCCGUCCACUUCUACGACCAGCAGAGUGCUCGGACGCUGCACACGCUGCUCGCACACCAGCAGGCAUGCAUGUGUGUGUCUCUGCACCCUGUGCUGCCUGCUGUGGUGGCAACGUGCGACUGGGGUGGCGAGCUCAGGAUCUGGCAGUGAUUGGCACAAAGAAGGGGAGGAAUUAUAACACCCAGACACUACAAACAUCCAGGCAUCCUUCCUAUCCGAGCUGCCGGAGAGAAAGGAAACUGCUAAGGAAUAUUUAUUUCCAUAAGGCCAAUUGUGUGGCAAUUUACUCUUCAUACUGAAAUUCGCUUCCAUUCAAAUACAUACCUGUUGACCAAACUGCUGGCAGUUGUCUAUUGCUUAGCUUAUAUCAUAACUUCAAUCAAAUGUCAAGGCAAAUGUAAAAUUGACUUUUUUUGUUUUGUUUUUUUGGUACCAUAGCUUACUCAGGAAUUAUUGUACAGGAUUCUUACUCAGGAAUUAUUGUACAGGAUUCACAUUGUAAAUGAACGACAUGAUGACCCUGUUUGUCACAGCUAUAAUAAAAGUAGUAACCUAUUCUA